AUGGAGGUCUUGGAUCUUAUAAAGACUUCAAAGAAUAAGGAUUCUGCUAUAUUCGAUGGCUAUCGGUACCGAUUACAUCGAACCAACAAACAAAGCAUUAGUAGUUGGUUGUGCAUGAAAGAAAAAUCGCCAAAUUGUCGAGGCACUCUGAUAUCAAAAGAUGGAAAAGUUCUGCAUGUUUCUUCUCAUAACUGCAAACCAGAUGUAGCGGCGACAGAAAUAGCGAAGAAAUUAUGCACAGUCAAAAAACGCGUUCGAGAGGAAGGAAGUUCUAUUUCGAAAAUUUACAUGCAAGAAAUGAGUCCUUUAUUUCAUCGAGGUCACGAUUAUGCAGGAAGUAUACCAACCCUAUCUGCAAUUAGGAGACAAUUGAAUCGCAUCAGACAAAAAGACCAGGGAGCAAUAUUAGAACCAAAAAUUUCUCAAGACAUUAUUUUGGAUGAUGAUAUCAUCAUGGACGAUGGAUCCGGUUUUUUGCUAGACGAUGUGAAUUCAGACAAUAGAAUUUUAAUUUUUGCCAGCUCUAAAGGAAGAAAUACGCUGAAAAAUAAUAAACAUUUCUUAAUGGAUGGUACCUUCAAAAGUUGUAGCAUGCAAUUUUGCCAAAUCUACACCAUUCAUGCAGUAUUGACAAAAAGUAAUCAGGAAGAUCGAACAAUUGUGCCAAUAGUCUUUUCUUUGCUUCCCAGAAAGAAUAGUGAAACUUAUUCAAAACUCUUUACUGUUUUAAAAGAUGCAGGAUGGAAUCCUUACUCCAUUACUAUGGAUUUUGAAGCAGCCGUUUUAAAAGAACUAGAAAGGCUUUUUCCGUCAGUGAAAAUAUCAGGAUGUAACUUUUACUUUAACCAGUGUUUAUGGAGACAAGUUCAAAGUCUUGGACUAGUCCAAGAAUAUAAAGAGAAUGACGAGAUUCGCCUUCAUGUUCGCAUGUGCGCAGCUUUAGCACAUUUACCAGAAAAUGAUAUUGAAGAUGGUUGGCUGAGCAUCCAAGAAACAUCCCCAUUGCAAUCGAAAUUGCAACAAUUUUAUGAUUAUUUUGUUAAAGAAUGGUUGGACAACUCAGUCAUAUCUACAAGUAUGUGGAAUAUGCUAUAAGCAGCAAUAUCGAACAAAUAAUGCAAUAGAAAGCUGGCACAAUAAGUUUCAGACUCUA